UCAUAGAAGCUUCCAUGGACAGAUGGUGCCAAGUGGAUGUAUUUUAAGAGAGAAAGAGAGAGAAAGAGGAGGAGAGAAAGAGAAGGAGAGGGAGACAGAAGAAGAGAGGGAGAGGAGGAGAGAGAAGGAAAAGAAAAAGCCGACAAAAGAACUCCAACCAGAACCAAAAAAAACAGAUAUCUGGAGCAAAACCAGAUAUCCAAGCAAAAAAGAGUCAUCUAUACUUUGAGAUAUCACCUUGUUAUGUCUCUUAUUGGCUAUAAAAAGAGUUACUAUUUCUUCAACUGCAGAAAAAGCUGCCUACCUUGUGGUUUUUCAUCUGUCAUUUUUCAUGUUUAUAUGGUCCUAUUGGAAGACAAUUUUCACAGCUCCUGCAUCCCCCUCUAAGGAGUUCUGCUUGUCAAAAGCUGAUAAAGAACAAUAUGAAAAAGAAGAGAGACCAGAAUCCCAGCAGGAGAUUUUGAGAAGAGCUGCUAAAGACUUGCCUAUCUAUACGACAACAGCAUCAAGAACAAUCAGAUACUGUGAUCGAUGCCAGCUAAUCAAACCUGACCGUUGCCACCACUGUUCUGCAUGUGACAUAUGUGUAUUAAAAAUGGACCACCAUUGUCCAUGGGUGAAUAAUUGUGUGGGAUUUUCAAACUACAAAUUCUUCCUCCUGUUCUUAAUGUAUUCCUUACUGUACUGUCUGUUCGUUGCUGCUACAGUUUUGCAGUACUUCAUAAAGUUUUGGACACUUUGCCGCAGGAAAGCUGCAGAGAGUUGUCCAAAGAAUGAAUUGCCAGAUACCCAUGCAAAAUUCCACGUGCUGUUCCUUUUCUUUGUGGCAGCCAUGUUCUUCAUCAGCAUUCUGUCACUCUUCAGCUACCACUGUUGGCUAGUUGGCAAAAACAGGUCAACCAUAGAAACAUUCCGUGCACCCACAUUUCGAAAUGGCCCUGAUAAAAAUGGCUUUUCUCUUGGAUGCAGCAAAAAUCUGAGGCAGGUUUUUGGAGAUGAAAAGAAGUAUUGGCUAAUCCCUAUCUUUACCAGUUUGGGUGAUGGGUGCAAUUUUCCAACUCGUUUGGUGAUUAUGGAUCCAGAGCAACUUACUGUCUCAAGCCAAAAUGAACCUGCCAAAAGCUCUGGAGCAAAUCAGUCCUUUCCUACUCGACCACUGAGUGAAUCACAAAAUCGAUUGCUAGCCAGUGACAGUCAGUGGGUGGAAGGUGGCCCUGAAGAGGAAAAUGUUAAAUCAGGUAGUGCAAAAAAGCAUAUUAUAGUUUCGUUGGAAAGCUGAUCUCAGCUUAUUACUAACCAUCCAUCUCAAUGAGAAACAGGUUUCUGCAACGCAUUUUGUGCUUGAAUAUUACUUAAUUUUCUUUGGAAGAAGUUGAUCAGCGAAGAACAGAACAUGAACAUUUUAGGAAGACACAAUAAAUUCAAGUUUCUGCACAGUACAAUGGAUUCUUGUAAGCACUAUUGCAGAGCAGGGAAGUUAAGACAGAUGCCUUAAGAUUCUUCAUGUGCAUUUAUGCAACACUGAAUAAUAUACUGCUACCAAAGGGCCAAAUCCUGAAGUGCCCUGCUUGGAUGCACAAGGUCCAGAGUGGGAACUAUGCAUUUCUGUUAUGCUGCAGUGAUAGGGGUAGAUUGCCGAGACUCCUACCUCCUCACGGGCAAACUUCACACCUUGGGCACUGCAGAGGUUACUUCCAUAGCAGGACUCCAGGGCACAGAAAGAAAAAAGGAAAAGAAAAGAAAAAAAAAGAAAAAAAUGAAACAUCAAGUUUGGCUGGCUGGUGAGUCUGAAGUGCAACGAUACAGAGUUCAAAGAGCAGGUGAUGGGGAAGGAACUGGAUUAUGUUUUCUCACCUCUUCCUGUUAACCAGCCUACCCCAUGAUCGUACCUCUCCAGGUCUUCUGGGUCUGAGGAUUCUCUUUGUCUGUGCUUUGGAGCAAAGCAAUGCCGACAACAUAAAAACUAUUUAUUUGGCUGUUGCUUCUUUGCUGUAGCCUUGAGCCCCCUCAUCAUUUUAACUUGAUUUAUUUAAUCAUAUCAAGAACAGAGCUCAAAGAAAAAGCAUGGAUUAUUACUUCCCAGUGGUUGUCUAUCAGCAUACAAAGAAAAGCCAGUCCAAAAAGGAAUUAACAAUUGUUACAUUUUCUGUUAAUGUCUGCAGUGUUCUGUAUGAGGCAGUAGUGAAAUAGUAAAGUACCCCUGAGAAAAACCUUAUUUCAGUUAUGUGCUGUUAGAACGUGGAACUGGAAGGGCAUUGGUUUUCCUGUGGGGCUCCUGAUGGACGUUUUUGUGGCUUCUCGUGAAGAGCUGAUGUUUCUGAGCCCUUUCUGCAGAUCAGGGGUAGAUUUUUGUCCCAUAUUUUUCUCAUGUUUCAGAUGAGAAAAGGAGAGAAGUGUGCUUAGGAUACUCUUGAGGCCAGAAUUACUGUUGGUGUCAAAGCAGGCAUUACUGAAAAGCCACUUUGACAAAUAUGAAAUGUAAUAAAAUGAUUCAAAUAAUUCCAAAUUAACCGCCCCAAAUGCAUCCCCUCCUCUUUUACCCACCUGCAGAGCUGUUUACUAAGAGAAACAGACUGAUAGAAAGGAAUUAAGUUCUCUAAAAGAAUUGUACUGAUGAACUCUAAAGGGUCACCGGUGGGUGGGAUGGCGAGGGGGGGCAGGUUUCCCUGGCAGGCUCUGGCUACAGAGGAGGUGUCCCAUCUAGCGUGACAGGACACCAUCUUCUGUCUUUCAGAGUUCUGUCAUGACAGCUCCCUCGCCAUAAGCAGGGGCGCUCUGUGCUCUAUCAGAGUGGGAUAGGCAAAACGAGCGAGGCAGGAAUCGCAAAGCUGCCGAGAGCAAACUGCUGUUUGGCUGCUGAGUUGCAGGCAGAUGGGUUUCGCAGAGGCCGGGGCUGUAGAGGUGCUCCAGGAAAUGGGUUCUUUGGGGCUGUGCACUGAGGAGCUGAAAACUUCCAGGGAGCACAGUGAGAGCAGCCCUGCCUGUUCGGGAGACCUGAAGGGAGAUUGAUCCACAGAAAACAACUGCUUUGAGUGCUGAGUCACUUCGUACAUGCUCGUUUAGCGCCAUCACCAGCUCUGUCAGCAAGUCUUGCAAACACCUAGACUGUCACUAAAAAUAACAGCCCUUAAGCUUUUAGAUCCAUCAAAGUAAUGACUAUUGCAAGCCAUAAGUAGUAUUGUAGUUACUGUAGGAUAUUGACACUGGCUGCAAUUAGAAACUAGGCUUUUGUGUUUCUUACUGCGUUUUUCUUUUAAAAAAAUCUACAUGCACACGAGUCAAGCACACAAAAUGACAUUAAAAUCCCAGUAUGAGGACAGAAGCCUGACACGAGGCAAGAUUUCAGUGUGACUUCUCUUCCGGAUUUCUGAAAUGUCUUAAGGUGAUAAGCCUGUGAAGAUGAGGCCAGAAGAUACAUAAACAAAAUACUUUAAAUUGCAGUGCUGUUUUAUUUUCUUACAGUGAUUUAUUCAGACUGUACAACAGACACAUAAUUGCUGCUCCUACCAAAGGCGUAUUAAGGUAAGAGGGCAGGAAGAGGCAUGAGAUUCUGUCAACUCAUUCUCUACAGUAUUAUCCCGAGACUGCAGUGUCACAAGUUAGAUCCAUCAUAAGCCUUUGAUUGAAAAUUUCCACUUCAAAUAUUUGGAGGGUUACUUUAGAGGGAGUUUGGGCACUUCUAUUUUUAGUGAUUUGAGUAGGAAUUUUGGUAAUAUUUAUAUUAAAGCUGACCCUUCAGUGUGGAAUUCGCAGAUACCAAGCUCGUUUUAUUAUGCUAUUCUUAGCACUUGGUAAACAGGACAAGUUUCUAGAUGCUUAAAGUUUUCAGGUACUGUUUCUCCUCUCGUUUGCUGGUGUGGCUUUUCUGUAUUGUAAAUAAUCUUCUGGGGUUCAGCCUCUGUUAGGGCCCAUGCCGACCUGCACAGUCAAAAACAGAGAGCAAAAAGGGUUCUUUUGAUAUCUGCACAGCAACUCGGAGACCAACAAAUCUCCGAUUAAUUCAAAUGCAGUAUUUCGUUUGGACACAGCCAAAAUCACGAAACAGGUACUCGAGUGCACUUUGAGUCAAAGCUUCUCAAAGCUGCAAAACCAGGUCCGAGUCUGUUCAGAUCACAAUCUGAUACACUGGACACAGCCAAGGUCGUUAACACACUACAAUGCAAUUUGGGUUUGAUCCAAUCCACCACAGUGCCAAGGAAAAAGAAGGUACAGUAAGAGAAGUGAGAGAAAGAAGUAGGAGAAAAAACACAACUUAUAACCACUCCUAUGGGGCACAGUGGUUCCUCAGGAGAACGUGUUCCAUCCAGCAGCAACUCCUCCAGCAGCGAUUCUUCAGGAACACAUGAUCUAGUAGUUCUUCAGGUCAGUCGAGCAGCAGUGCUUUUUCAGGCCCGGUCCAUGGAGCAGUGAGCGUAUGCUGUGCCUUCUUGGCAGGCAGUAUUUAUGGGACAAGUCUGUGCCCUGUUAGCAGUUGAGGGGAGAGCAGUGCCUGCUUCAACACCUCCCUUCAUUGUUAACCAGAAGUCACAGAAAAGCCCCUCAGGCGCACACAGCCCUGCACUUAGGCCAUGUUUGAGACACAACAAAUACAAGUAAAGAAGUCAGCCUUUACAGCCUCUUUAGUUAAGAUCAACACUAUUCGAUAUCCACUUAAAGAACUUCUUGAUCUGUUUAGUGUAUGGUCAGCUUGUAGCUCUCCAGAGCCCCAAGAGGAGGGAGAAAGCAGCGUUUGCAGCAGCAUCAGUGUCUGGCAGCUUUAGCAAGAGAUAAGUUAAACAGAUCUGCCUGGAUCUGGAGCACUGACUGAUGAUAUUUAUUAAUUUUAUUUUUUAAAAACACUUUGAGCUUCAUAGUCUGUUCUGUGAGGACACCAUCUAAAAUUGUAGUUAUUUGGGAGAUUCAGAUGUACAUUUACAGAAGCUCCAAACAGCAGCUACUUUAACUAUAAGCGCAGAUCAAACCCACGUCUUUCAUGGUACCUAAAAACUAGCUCAGUAUGCACCAUCCAGAGGCUCUGCUGUCCCUAAAUGGCACCAAAGAGAGCAGCUGCAUAUAAAGUGAUUUGCUAUAAUCCUGAACACACUUACUACACUCAUUAGUAUCAAUUUAUUUUGUAUAUAUAGGCAGCUUUUUAUAAGCAUUUUUUCUUAACUACAUAACUGUCAUGAAAUGUAAUAAAGUUGCAAGCUGUAGUUAGUUGUAACAUUGGUUAAAACUGGUGUUCUGCCAUUUGUUUUCUGCAGCAAUUACUUGAAUCUUGUUUCCAUUAGGUAGUGAAGCCUGAUAAUGUUUACAGGAUUGUUUUGGGGGGGUUCCCCUAUCUUUCUUCCCAACCCCAAGAAACUGAGAGCACAUGCUCAGCAGUCAAGCAUAUGUGUUGGGAAUGAAGUAUUGGGAUGACCUUUAUUGGCACCAAAGCAUCAACACUGACAGGCAGCUUCCUUUCUGUUUACAUCAUUUAGCUGACAACUUGCAUGUUUUGCGUGUUCCUCUCUAAUUUCUGUCUCUAAACCUGUUGCUAUCAGCUUUAUUGUCAGAAACGUAAAUCUUUCUGAACAGCAGUUUACAAUCGUAAAUUAUCACAGAAAGAGGCAGCGAUCGUGCACUCUCUCCAUUUUUACUUAAGAUGAUUUAAACAUCCCUGGGUUAUCUCUGCAAUUAUUUUUGUAUUUGCCAGCAAGGGUCAUCAACAUUUGCACUAAUUGCAAUGUCCCAGCUGUUCUACUUCCACAGUUAUUUUUAAUUGUGCUGCCUAAACUUGUAAUGAGCUGUAUUUAAGUUUGAGGUGGAGUAUAAAAGAUAUAUGUAAUAACACAUUUAUUGUAUUUUUUUAUAUGUUACGGAUAGGACUAGUCCUAUGCACAGCAAAAAUGUGUUGCCAUUUAUAGUUUAAUACUUGAAGUAACUUUUUAAAAUGGGCUUUUAUAAAUGAAUUAAAUACAAAAUCAUAUUGCUUUGCCUGGAAGUUUUUUUCAUGUUUUAAUUGUAUUGUGGAAUUUCCCUGUAUGUAUACUUUUCCAUAAAUGUUAUCUUAAGCCAUUUAUAACCAUGGAAAGUGCAUUUGAGAUUUUGUAAAUCAGUGCUCAGACCUAUUCAUACCUCUCUAAAGUAUAAUUCAUGUUUAAAUAAAAACAUUGUACCAUUUUAGGCCUCUUUUCCAAAGUGAUAAAAUAUGAAUGGACUUAACACUUGAAUUCAUCGGUGAAUGCAUCAACUUAAUAAAAGUAUCUGACAGAAUC